AUGUCGACAAAAACCUCGAACAAUACAAAAAAGUCAAAAAAGCAAAAUGAAGAACUACACACUCAGGUUUCCGACAAGACAAAACACGUCGGUAAUUGGCUAUUCCAGGACCAGACGUUUACAAUUACCUUACAACCUAUUACCAUAUUAACAUUUCUCGCACUUUUCGUAUCAAGCUUUGUGGCUUGGGACCGUCACACGCGACAAAUCUUUUGCGAAAUUGUUCGUGGUGAAUUGGAUAAUGAUAGAGUUCAAUGGAUAGAAAUCUCGAAUAAUCCUACCUCGCUUAACUAUACCUUAUACGAAAACGGAGCAUUUGUCUUUAAACAUAUAUUCUUAGAGGACUUUAAAGAAGAAUUUGACGUGGAGCCGCUAUAUUUUUCGGAAUAUGAACCGCGAGUGACCGAAUUACUAGCGAAUUUCGACUUGCAAAAAGUUUUACGCGAAAAUGAAACAGAAUUUGAAAAAAAUUUACUCGAAAGUAUCUACUCCGAGACAGAAUUAUAUACACAUUUUGUUGAAGAUAUCGAGAACCAAGUUAAAAACGGAACAUAUGUUGACGAUGGACGCUUCUAUGCACGUUGGGUAAAUGACAAAUUGAGAUACGGAAUGUUUGCGAGUCGUGAUAUUGAAAAUGGAGAGUUUCUUGGAGUAUAUUGCGGAGUUUAUUCCGUUGAUGUUGAAGACGUUGAAUAUGCAUGGGAAUAUAAUUUCCUCACAAAGGUUACCGAUGAAAACGAGGAAUUUGUACGAAUUUUAAUCGAUGCAAAAUACAAAGGAAAUUAUAUGCGUUUUGCAAAUCACCGUGAUGAUAAUCAAAACGCCGAAAGUAUUUAUAUCAUUUACAAGAAUCAUUGGGUAGUGGUCUAUGUCGCGCGAACAAAUAUAAAGGCUCACGAUCAGAUUUUUGUCUCUUAUGGUACCGCAUAUUGGCAGGACAGAGAUAAAAUGGUGUUUCGCACUUUAUAUCAAAUUAAUAUCGAUCUUAUUACGCAAAACCCUCAACGAACCGUUCUCGGCAAUCCAAAUGCCGACAUUGUGAAUGAUUUGGGUGGUCAGGUGUUGAGACCUAUGGAUACAAUUGAAGAAAAAUUUUCCGCACCCGCCAAUAAUCAUAUUCACGUCACUGUCGAGGUACCUGCUUUUCCUGAUACUGCUGAGGCACCUUCGGGAAUUACAAAAGAAGGAUCAUCAUAUAAGCGGACGAUUGACAGGUUUACUGAUACAACUCAACAAUUCGCUAAUAUUGCAAGCGAAAAGACCAAAAGUCUCUCAAGUAUGAACCAAACGCAUUUGGAUGAGUUACUUAAACACUUGCAUUUUCGUCGAACUACAAGUGUUAUCAUUGUGAAUUCAACAAAUAAGGAUUUUGAUGAACGGUUCGUGUGGGAUGAACGAACCGAAAAUCAACAUGCGGAAGAUCAAAAAGAUGGACAAGGUCAUGUGAUUAAACGAGGCUUAAGUGGUGGAAUUCGGGCCGGAUUCGAAUUAAAGAAAACGGUCCAAGAUUCUGAUGUUAAUCAAGCUAUUGCGGAGCUUAUCGUGACAAAUAUUGUUUCAAAUCAUGCCCCGCCAAUUCAUGUAAUGCUCUUAACAUUAUUGAGAGAGCACUUAUCGAAGAUCCCACUUACCGCAACUACCACAACCAUCGACUCUAAUUUUCCUAUUGGAGCGAGAAGCAACUGCUUUCGUCAUUUGGAAAAUUUGCAACAUGGAAAAGUAUUUGAAAAUGAUGGAGAGGCUGGACCUAUUUUUGAAUAG